AUGGAGGAGAGGGAGUUUUUAUUCUGCGGGCAGAACGCGGUGCAGAACGCGGUGCUAGAACCAUGCCUUCGCCUUCUAGGUAAAAAGAAAGAAGAGGACAGAGGAGUACAAGAGGAGACACCUGAACUAGAGGGACAUCUACCAGAGGAGACACCUGAACUAGAGGGACAUCUACAAGAGGAGACACCUGAACUAGAGGAACAUCUACCAGAGGAGACAUCUGAACUAGAGGGACAUCUACCAGAGGAGACACCUGGACUAGAGGGACAUCUACCAGAGGAGACAUCUGAACUAGAGGGACAUCUACCAGAGGAGACACCUGAACUAGAGGGACAUCUACCAGAGGAGACACCUGAACUAGAGGGACAUAUACCAGAGGAGACACCUGGACUAGAGGGACAUCUACCAGAGGAGACACCUGGACUAGAGGGACAUCUACCAGAGGAGACAUCUGAACUAGAGGAACAUCUACCAGAGGAGACAUCUGAACUAGAGGGACAUCUACCAGAGGAGACAUCUGAACUAGAGGGACAUCUACCAGAGGAGACAUCUGAACUAGAGGGACAUCUACCAGAGGAGACACCUGAACUAGAGGGACAUAUACCAGAGGAGACACCUGGACUAGAGGGACAUCUACCAGAGGAGACACCUGAACUAGAGGGACAUAUACCAGAGGAGACACCUGGACUAGAGGGACAUCUACCAGAGGAGACACCUGGACUAGAGGGACAUCUACCAGAGGAGACACCUGGACUAGAGGGACAUCUACCAGAGGAGACACCUGAACUAGAGGGACAUCUACCAGAGGAGACACCUGAACUAGAGGGACAUCUACCAGAGGAGACACCUGAACUAGAGGGACAUCUACCAGAGGAGACACCUGAACUAGAGGGACAUCUACCAGAGGAGACACCUGAACUAGAGGGACAUCUACCAGAGGAGACAUCUGAACUAGAGGGACAUCUACCAGAGGAGACACCUGGACUAGAGGGACAUCUACCAGAGGAGACACCUGGACUAGAGGGACAUCUACCAGAGGAGACACCUGGACUAGAGGGACAUCUACCAGAGGAGACACCUGGACUAGAGGGACAUCUACCAGAGGAGACACCUGGACUAGAGGGACAUCUACCAGAGGAGACACCUGGACUAGAGGGACAUCUACCAGAGGAGACACCUGAACUAGAGGGACAUCUACCAGAGGAGACACCUGGACUAGAGGGACAUCUACCAGAGGAGACACCUGAACUAGAGGGACAUCUACCAGAGGAGUGAGGCUGCCAGCUGUCCGCAAGCAACAACAAUGCGAGGAGAAAAUCAACAGAGAAAACCUGAAU